AUGACAUUGGUCCUGUCCAGAGUGGGUCGUGGGUCUUUGGUUCAGGUGACUAUUCGACUUGGAAGAGCUCUACGGAAAGGGGAAUAUCGUGUGAAAGUGUACCAACUACUGGUGAAUGAUCCAGAGCCCUGUAAAUUUCUGCUCGAUGCUGUGUUUGCUAAAGGAAUGACGGUGCGCCAAUCAAAGGAGGAACUCCUUCCUCAGUUGAGAGAACAGUGUGGGUUAGAUCUUAGUAUUGACAGGUUUAGAUUGAGGAAGAAAACCUGGAAAAAUCCUGGGACAAUCUUUCUGGACUACCAUAUCUAUGAGGAAGAUAUCAACAUAUCCAGUAACUGGGAGGUUUUCCUUGAGGCACUUAAUGAGCCUGAGAAGAUGAAGUCUCUGUCACAGUUGGCAGUGUUGACCAGACGGUGGAGGCCAUCCUGCAUGAAGCUGGAGCCCUUUCAAGAAAUUGUCUUGGAGAGCAGCAGUGUUGAGGAGCUCAAAGAGAAGCUACAUGCAAUCAGUGAAAUUCCUAUUGAAAACAUAGAAUUUGCGAAGGGCCGGGGAACAUUCCCAUGUGAUAUUUCAGUACUGGAAAUUCACCAGGAUUUAGACUGGAAUCCUAAAGUCUCAACUCUGAAUGUUUGGCCACUUUACAUCUGUGAUGAUGGAGCAGUCAUCUUUUACAGGGACAAGUCAGAGGCCCAGAUGGAGAUGAGCGAAGAGCAACGCAACGGGCUGCUGAAGAAAGAAAGCAGCCGGCUGCAAAAAUCAGGCCACCGGGUGAAUUAUUCACCUCGCAAAGAGAAAGCACUGAAGAUCUAUCUGGAUGGCGGCCCCAUCAAAGACUCCAGCCAAGACUGAGACUUGGCCCAGCCGGGCCCUGGUUGGGUCGUCCCUGGAACCGAAAUCUGAUUCACCACUGCUGUGUAGAACUCCUGUGGCUGUCCCAUUCGUCAUUAGGUUGUCCUAAUGACACCAGCACUGAUUGGCUUAUUGGCCACCAAUCAGAAGCCCAGUGCCCCGUUGGGGGAUCACUGUCUGACUUUGAAUCAUGUUGUGCACUAUAGUCUAUUGUACUGUAAAGUUAAAAGGGAAGUGCAAAAAAUGGGGUUAAAAUGAUCGAAGAUGAUGUGGACUCUGCACAUAUUUGCUGGAAAUACUAGACCCCUCUGCGCAAAGGGGAUUUUGUAGCUAAAUAAAAGCUGUGCACAGUCCUAA